CAAAAUUGAUAGGCCAAACUCAUUUUACAUUUCAUUUUACGAGGAGUACUAUUGAUUGUUAAGAAUAUUUAGAAUAUCCUUAAAAAAAGAAUAGUUAGAAUUGUCUUGAAUCAAAAGGAACAAACAAAGCCAAGCAAUGAAGUGAUCCCAAGUCCCAACUGUCACAGACUGUGCAAAAGCUUCUCUCUUAAAUCUGUACCCCACCUCUCUAUUUUAUAGUUUCCACUUUCCACUUUCCCACACCAAUCUUUGUGCUCACUCUAACAUCUCUCACUUUUCCAAGCCUUGCAACCUUGCUUCCAUAAUUGUCUUUCUCUUUAUCCCACUCUCUUCUAUCCUCCAGUUACUCUCAGUUCUGUUUGUGCACACUAUCAAGCCAUGAAAUCAUCACCACCACCACUACCUCCAUUCCUUACUAUGCUCCUUUUCAUCUUCCUCUUCCUCUUCCCCACCAUUAUCACCUCAAUUUCUCCACCUCUCCCACCCACAUCAUCACCUUCUUCACCUUCCACUUCCACUCUUGACCCAAACCAGCUCAAAGCCCUUCAAUCCCUCAACAUCCCCACAUCAAAAGACCCUUGCAUCCAACCAUCCUUCCACAAUGUCACACUUUGUGACUCCUCAAAACCCUUUAGCCACCUCAUUUCCCUAACCCUUUCCAACUGUUUAACUUAUACUUCUCUCUCCUACAAUGCCCUCAAAUCACUCUCUACACUCCAAUCCUUUCACCUCCUUAACUGCCCCAUUGCUCCCAUUCACUUCCCUCCUCAACUCACAUCCUCUCUUAUCUCCUUCACCUGCAUCAGCAGCCUCCACAAGAUCUCAGGAGUAUGGCUCUCUCGCUUAGCGAACCUCACUGAUCUCACUGUCUCAAAUGUCCCAAUUAAAGCUUCUGGUCCUUACGUUUUUCUUGCUCACAUGAAAAAGCUCAAAACUUUAACCAUUUCCAAUGCCAAUCUCACUGGUUUUCUUCCUAAAUACAUCCAUUCCAACCUUACCCAAAUUGAUUUUUCAUCUAAUAAACUCAAAGGAAACAUACCUUCUUCCAUUACCAUGCUUGAUAGCCUUGAAAAUUUGAAUCUUUCUUCUAAUGGGUUUAAAGGUGAGAUACCCUCUUCAUUAGGAGACUUGAUUUCCCUUAAAAAUAUUUCCUUGGCCUCAAAUUCUUUUUCAGGGUCUAUCCCAGAUUCAUUAUCUGCCAUACCUGGUUUGGUUCACAUGGAUCUGAGUUCAAACCAGCUCAAUGGGACAAUUCCAAAGUUCCUUUCAGAAAUGAAGAAUCUCAAGUACUUGAAUCUUGCUAACAACAACCUUCAUGGUGUUGUGCCAUUCAACUUAAGUUUUAUAAAAAAAUUGACAAUGUUUAAGGUUGUUGGGAACAGUAACUUGUGCUAUAAUCAUUCUGUUUUGUCUUCAAAAUUGAAGCUUGAGAUUGCUCCUUGUGAUAAGUAUGGGAAGCCAAUGUCUCCUCCACCUGCAAAGAAUUCUUUUGCAGAUGAUAUUAGUGAUUCAGAUUAUAGCGGUGAUGAUGAUGAUGAUAGCAUACACAAAAGAGAGCAACAUCAUGGACCAAACAAAUUUGUUCUUGGAGUGGCAAUUGCUCUUUCUUCUAUUGUCUUUUUGAUUGUCUUCCUAAUCCUAUGUUCAAAGUGCUGUCGCUGAAGAAACUUUUAUUUUUAUACUUCACAUUAUUUAGAUUACGAAAAAUUAAUAAUUUCGUUUGGUGCUCUGUUUAUUAUACAAUGGUCAUGGUUAUAGAUUAGGUGCAGGGUGGAAAAUCAAAGAGAAAAUGAAGAAAAAAAAUGCUUCUUUUUUGUUUGGUUUGGUUGAUAGUAUAACAAAAGGCACCCAAUAGAAAUAGGAGAAGGAAAAGUAAGCAGUGAAUUGGAAUAUAUUUUUUUGUUUCUAUUUAUUACUAUUUUAAUAUGUGUGUGCAGUUCAAUCAGUUACAAAAUGCAUGGAAUUCUUGGCUUGCAAGCUUCUCUUUUGGGAGUAAA